AUGAUCCGUAUUGCUACUAACAGAAAUUCCCGUUAUGUUCUCAUUUCGGUCGGGUUGUUUUUCUUUGUUGCAUUGUUCUAUUUGACCUCGAAUAGUUCUCCUGCUUACCACACCCAGUUAGCUGAUAGCCAGAUCCUUAAUAGCUUUAAGGAUAAGGCUACUACCAUCGUCGAGGAAACAAAAUCUCUGUUUGGUCAGUAUGAAGAUGCCGACACUUAUAAAGGUGGCAGUAAUUCCAACGCGAAGGCUGAAUCUGAAUCCGAUAGCUAUGAAACUGAGAAGACUUCAUCAGAUGCCUUGAAAGAUUCUUCUUCUUCAGAAUCAAAAAACAAUGAACCUCCAAAGCCUCCUUAUCCUCAGUCACCACAAAAAGAUAAGGCCGGAACUGGUACUUCUAAGGAAAAAGUUAAAGCCGAUAAGGCAUUCUCCAGCUCUGAACAACAAAAGGAUGGUAAAACUAAGAGUUACUCUGACUCUGGCUCUGGUUCUGCCGGUCAGGAGGACAGUGUCUUAACUGAAGCUUCAAAAUCAAACACGAAGUCAAAAUCUGGCUCAUCAUCGGGUAAAUGUGACGCUGAUCCAGAAUACGUUGUCAUGAUUGAUGCCGGUUCCAGUGGUUCAAGAGUUCAUAUUUACAAGUUCGAUGUCUGUUACAGCCCUCCAAAGCUCCUUAAUGAGGACUUUGAAAUGCUUAAGCCAGGCCUUUCUUCAUUUGAUACCGACAUUGUUGGUGCUGCUAAGUCCUUGGAUCCAUUGUUGGAACUUGCAGUUAAGUCUGUUCCAAAGGAAUUCCAGGGUUGUACCCCUGUAGCUGUUAAGGCCACUGCUGGUUUAAGAUUGUUGGGUGAAGCAAAGUCUGACGCGAUUUUGCAGGAAGUCCGUAGAUACUUGGAAACCGAAUGGCCAUUUGCCGUGGUCAGCGGUGAUGGUAUUUCUAUCAUGGAUGGGGCUGACGAAGGUGUUUAUGCCUGGAUCACCGCCAACUACUUGAUUGGAAACAUUGGUUCUAGUGAAAAAAUUCCAACUGCCGCAGUUUUUGAUUUGGGUGGUGGCUCCACCCAAAUUGUGUUUGAACCAGAAUUCUCAACCAAUGAGAAACUCCUCGAUGGUGACCACAAGUACCUGAUCGAUUUUGGCAACCGUGACUUUGAAUUAUACCAAUUUUCCCACUUGGGGUAUGGUUUGAUGGAAGGUAGACAAAAGAUUUACAAGCUCAUCUUGGAAUCCUACCUCAAAUCCGACAAGAAACCAACUGGUUUAGUUCCAAUCAAGGGUAAAGAUGUCACCGAAGCCACCGUUGACCUUAUCUCCCCAUGUGUUUCCCCUGGUAAUGUUGCCAAGAAUAUCAAGGUUAAGUACUCUGCAGACGAAACUUACUUGGUGAACUUUAUUGGUGCUGAGGAACCUUCUGGAGCUCAAUGUCGUUAUCUUGCCGAAAAGACUCUUAAUAAGGACUUAGAAUGUGCCCAAUUUCCAUGUUCUUUCAACGGUAUCCACCAACCAUCAUUGAUUAAAAACUUUAAAGAAUCCUCAGACAUGUAUGUGUUCUCUUUCUUUUACGAUAGAACCAACCCAUUGGGGAUGCCAUCCUCAUUCACCCUUGGUGAAAUGCGUGACUUGGCAAAGAUUGUUUGUAACGGUGACUCGUUCUGGGAACAAAUGUUGGGUGCCAUUGAUGGAUCGCUUGAUGAAUUAGCUAGUGAACCAAACUACUGUUUGGAUCUUUCUUUCAUGGUUGCCAUGCUUCACACUGGUUAUGAUAUUCCAUUACAUCGUGAAUUAAAGACCGCCAAGAAGAUUGCUGGUAACGAACUAGGUUGGUGUUUAGGUGCUUCCUUGCCUUUGUUAGACAAAAAAGGCUGGAAAUGCCGUGUCCAAAAAGAGGAUGAAACAUUUUAUUAG